GUCAAAGAAUCAAAACAAAUACGUAGAUUGAAGAAGGUGCAUAAGCGGGUGUAGCCGUAAAAGUGCUCUUGAUUUAGUUAGUUCUCAUUUGGUUCAUUGUCCAGCGUUUGAAAUUAAUUCCCAUUCACUAUGGGGCUGUGCUCAUCGUGCUUUAAAGGAUCCACCGAAGAAUUACUCUCACCAAAUUUGGAAAUGAGACGUCAGCAACAACUUGAAGCUGCUGAACGACGUCGCGUGCAGAAUGAAUCAAGGGGAAUUAAAGAUCCGGAAAAAGUGCGUCGCAUGCAGCAAAAAUCACAGGAUUUGGAAAGGCGCGAACAAGAAGCAGCUCGUAUGGGUGGUGGACAACCGGUGUUGAAAUGGCAGCAAGAUUAAUCAUCUCUAGUGGGAUCUUGGCAUACUAUCUUUUGUGGUGUUGAUUGAACAUUAUAUUGUUAUUUUGUAUAUAUAUUUAUUCAAUUAAUUGUGACCAAAUACAUAACUAUUUUCUACGACGUCGGAUUAUCCAACAUAGAAAUGCAUUUUCUAGUCAUACACUGCUUUGUUUUUAAAAUUGUAUUAUAUAUCAAUAUGUCGUGCUAUUUUUUGGAAGACUAACGUAGUAAUUUUAUAAAAUAAAAUCUAUCAGAAAUGAAA